UUAAGAGCUGUUUUGAGUUCGCACGUGCUUCUCUGUUAAGGUGGGGGCAGCACAGACAAGCUUGGACAGCAUUUGACCGAGAGUUACCUCGCUCCCUAAAGCGGCAGCGUCGCUCGGGCUAUAAAAGGAUGGAGGCUCGAAAAAAGUACUUCUACAAAAACACAGAGCAGCGAGAGGACAGUAACUGUUAAAGGGGUGUGUGUUUUCUCUUUUUUGAAGGAAUUACCGUUUAUGAAAAUAAAUAAUCAUUGAGACUUGGAAGACAAGGGCAGUUCCAGAGAGGGAGAGAAGGUCUGUGGCGAGAUGGCCAUCUCCACCCAGUUGGGCUUGCUGCUGUGGAAGAACUUCACCUACCGACGGCGACAGACAAUCCAACUGCUGAUUGAGAUUGUGUGGCCCCUCUUCAUCUUCUUCAUCCUGAUAUCCGUGCGCCUCCACUACCCACCGUACGAGCAGCAUGAAUGCCACUUUCCCAACAAGGCCAUGCCUUCAGCAGGAACCCUCCCCUGGGUGCAGGGCAUCAUCUGCAACGCCAACAACCCCUGCUUCCGCUACCCUACCCCUGGAGAGACGCCUGGGGUGGUGGGCAACUUCAACGACUCCAUAAUAUCCCGGCUCUUUACCGACGCUAAGAAGAUCCUGCUUUACAGCCAAAACGACAAGAGUUUUGAAGGGUACAAGGGACUUGUCAGGGCCCUCGGAAAACUACAAAGGAAUACUGCAGGUUUCAAGCUGAAGGAUUUUCUCCGCGAUAACGAAACCUUGUCUGAGUUCCUGAAGCAGAAUGCCACUCUGACCAAAUAUGAUGUGCAGCAAAUAGUGGAAGCUGAUGUCAACCUGGAAAAGGUGCUGACUAAAGGUUUUGGAGUCCAUCUGAAAGACCUGUGCAACACAACAUCUCUAGAGGACUUUGUGACUAUAGCUGAUCGCAAUGUUACGCAGCUGACCCAGAGCAUCAUCUGUGAAUCAUCGGCAGAGUGGCUCAGCAGUGCAGAGAACCACUUCCUGUCCAAUCUUGACUUCCUGAAGCCCAUAAGGAAAGAUGUCAGGUCGGACCCCAAGGUUGUGCAGGAUGUGUCUAUGGCAACGGACAAGCUACUGGAGAGCCUGGGAGCGCUGGCUGUAGAGCUGACAAGUAUGAAGAGCUGGCGGGACAUGCGUAAUGAGAUCCUUUACCUGACAGCCAAUGCCACGCACUCGCCCAACCACAUGUACCAGGCUGUGUCUCGCAUCGUCUGUGGGCACCCGGAGGGUGGCGGCCUCAAGAUCAAGUCCCUCAACUGGUACGAGGACAACAACUACAAAGCUCUGUUUGGCAACCACAACGACAACGACAGCGAGCCAGUCUCCAUCUAUGACAACUCGUCCACUCCCUACUGUAACAACAUGAUGAAGAGUUUGGAGUCCAGCCCUAUUUCCCGCAUGAUCUGGAGGGCCCUGAAACCUCUGCUCAUGGGGAAGAUCCUGUACACACCCGACACCCCGGCCACCCAGAGGAUCAUACACGAGGUCAAUAAGACGUUUCAAGAUCUGGGUGUGCUGAGGGAUCUAGGGGAAAUGUGGGAGGAGAUGAAAACAAAAGUCUGGGACUUCGUAGAGAACAGUGAAGAGAUAGACCUUGUCCGGACUCUGCUACAGAAUAAUGCCAGUGCUCAGUUCUUUAACGGCAAGCUUGCUGGGACAGACUGGAAGGUGGAGGACGUCAUUCGCUUCUUGUCCAAGUCCUCAGAAGACGCACGCCCACCUGGUACAGGGUACACCUGGAGGGAGGUGUUCAAUGAGACAGACCAAGCCAUCCAAACUAUCUCCCGCUUCAUGGAGUGCAUCAACCUGGAUAAGCUGGAGCCUGUUGCCAAUGAGGAGUGGUUGCUGAAUAAGUCUAUGCGACUGCUGGAUAAUCGGAAGUUCUGGGCUGGUAUUGUGUUCCCGGAUAUUCAGGCCAACUCCUCUGAGCUCCCGGCCAACGUCAGCUACAAGAUCCGCAUGGACAUUGACAAUGUGGAGCGCACCAAUAAGAUCAAGGAUGGGUACUGGGACCCUGGUCCUCGGGCUGAUCCUUUUGAGGACCUGCGUUACAUCUGGGGUGGCUUCUCUUACCUGCAGGAUGUUAUCGAACAAGGGAUCAUCCGGGCCUUGACGGGCAGCAAAGAGAAAACUGGAGUCUACAUCCAGCAGAUGCCUUACCCAUGCUAUGUUGACGACAUUUUCCUGCGUGUGAUGAGUCGCUCGAUGCCCCUGUUCAUGACACUGGCUUGGAUGUACUCUGUGGCCAUCAUCAUAAAGGGUGUGGUCUAUGAGAAAGAGGCGCGGCUAAAGGAGACCAUGAGGAUCAUGGGACUGGAUAAUGGAAUCCUGUGGCUGAGCUGGUUCAUCAGCAGCCUGAUCCCCCUGCUUAUCAGUGCUGCCCUGCUGGUCCUCAUUCUAAAGAUGGGAAACCUUCUACCCUACAGUGACCCAGGUGUCAUCUAUCUCUUCUUGGUCUCCUUCGCCAUAGUAACCAUCAUGCAGUGCUUCCUGAUCAGCACGCUUUUCUCCCGCGCCAACCUUGCCGCUGCUUGCGGGGGCAUUAUCUACUUCACCCUCUACCUUCCCUACGUUCUGUGUGUGGCGUGGCAUGACUAUGUGGGCUUUGCGGCCAAAGUGGUGGUGAGUCUCCUGUCCCCAGUGGCUUUUGGCUUUGGCUGUGAGUACUUUGCCCUGUUUGAGGAGCAGGGUGUGGGGAUUCAGUGGGAUAACCUGCUCUCCAGCCCCAUGGAAGAGGAUAACUACAGCCUCACCACCUCCAUCUCCCUCAUGCUAUUUGAUGCUGUCCUAUAUGCUAUUAUGACCUGGUACAUCGAGGCCAUCUUCCCAGGUCAGUAUGGUAUUCCGCGGCCGUGGUAUUUCCCCCUAACAAAAUCCUACUGGUGUGGAGAGAAAUGUGGUUGGACUACAGCACCAUCCAUGAACAAGCAGGAAAAUGCAGAAGCGGUAUGUAUUGAGGAGGUACCAGCUGAUCUGGAGCCUGGUGUGUACAUCGAGAACCUUGUGAAGGUGUAUAGACAUGGCAACAAGCUGGCAGUGGAUGGUCUGACUCUGGGCUUCUAUGAGGACCAGAUCACCUCAUUUCUGGGCCACAAUGGAGCAGGAAAGACCACAACCAUGUCGAUCCUUACUGGACUAUUCCCCCCCACAUCUGGCACAGCCUACAUUCUGGGCAAAGAUAUCCGCUCAGAUCUGAGCGCCAUCCGCCAGAACUUGGGCGUGUGCCCUCAGCACAAUGUCCUCUUCAGCAUGCUGACGGUGGAGGAACACAUCUGGUUCUAUGCCAGGUUGAAGGGCCUACCAGCAGACAAAGUGAAGUCUGAGAUGGAUCAGAUAGUUGCGGACCUGGGCCUGCCUCACAAACGCAAGUCCCGCACCAGUCAGCUGUCGGGUGGAAUGCAAAGGAAGCUGUCUGUAGCACUGGCAUUUGUUGGAGGAUCAAAGGUCGUAAUCCUGGAUGAACCCACGGCUGGGGUUGACCCUUACGCCCGCAGGGGUAUCUGGGACCUACUGCUGAAGUACCGUCAAGGCCGAACCAUCAUCCUCUCCACCCACCACAUGGAUGAGGCAGACAUUUUGGGGGAUCGCAUUGCCAUCAUCUCCCAUGGGAAGCUGUGCUGUGUUGGAUCCUCACUUUUCUUGAAGACACAGCUGGGGACUGGAUAUUACUUGACGCUGGUUAAGAGGGAUUUUGACGUCUCUCUCACCUCCUGCCGCAACUCCAGCAGCACCGUGUCCUACUCCAAACCCAGCCUGAAGAAGGAAGACAGUGUCUCUGAAAGCAGUUCUGAUGCUGGCUUGGGCAGUGACCAUGAAAGUGAAACUACUGCUAUUGAUGUCUCCCUGAUCUCCAGUGUGAUCUUCAAGCAUGUCCCCACUGCCAGAUUGGUAGAGGACCUAGGUCACGAGCUCUUCUAUGUGCUGCCUUACGAGGCAGCGAAGGAUGGAGCCUUUGUAGAACUCUUCCAUGAACUGGACGAUCGCCUAAUAGACCUUGGUAUUUCCAGCUAUGGCAUAUCGGACACAACAUUAGAAGAGAUUUUCCUCAAAGUUGCAAAUGACAAUGGAGUUGAUGCUGAGACCUCAGAUGGAACUAUCCUUUCAAGGAGGAGCCGUAGACAUGCAUUUGGUGGUGACCAUCAGAGCUGCCUGAAACCAUUCACUGAGGAUGAUAGCUUUGAUUUCAAUGACUCAGAAGCUGAUCCAGAAUCACGAGAGACAGACUGGCUGGGAGGCUCUGAUGGCAAAGGCUCAUACCAGGUCAAAGGCUGGAGUCUGAAGAGACAGCAGUUUGUGGCUUUGCUCUGGAAACGCUUCUUGUAUGCCCGACGUUCCAGGAAAGGGUUCUUUGCUCAGAUUGUGUUGCCAGCUGUGUUUGUAUGCAUCGCCCUGGUCUUCAGUCUAAUAGUCCCACCUUUUGGCAAGUACCCCAGCCUUGCCCUGGAGCCCAGCAUGUAUGAGGAGCAGUACACCUUCAUCAGCAAUGAUGCCACUAAGGAUAUACAUACAAACAAGCUACUUCGAGCCUUAACUAACAGACCAGCCUACAGGGGACGAUGCGCAGAGACAGGCAUGCCUGUAGAUGACCCAUGUCCAAUUAAAGAAGAGGAGUGGGUGGAGCCUGAGAUUCCUGAGACUGUGCAGACCAUGUUUCAGAUAGGUAACUGGACCAUGGAAAACCCCUCUCCUCUCUGUGAGUGCAGCUGCGACAUGAAGAAGAAGAUGCUACCAGAAUGUCCGCCAGGCGCAGGUGGUCUGCCUCCCCCGCAGAUCAAAAUCAGCACUACAGAUACUUUGCAAAAUCUGACUGGGAGAAAUAUUUCCGACUACCUGGUGAAAACAUAUGCACAGAUUAUUGGAAAAAGCUUGAAGAACAAGAUCUGGGUCAACGAAUUCAGAUAUGGUGGAUUCUCACUGGGUGCCAGAAGCUCUCAGGCGAUGCCCCCUGCAAAUGAGAUCACUGAUGCUAUAUCUCACAUUAGGAGUCGUUUCAGCCUGGCAAGGGGUACUGCGGGUGACAAAUUUUUAAGAAGCCUAUCUGGCUUCAUCCAAGGCUUGGACACCAAGAAUAACGUGAAGAUCUGGUUCAAUAACAAAGGCUGGCACAGCAUUGGGGCCUUCCUCAAUGUGAUGAACAAUGGCAUCCUGCGUGCCAGCCUUCCUGCCAGUCUGGAUCCUGCCAAGUUUGCAAUCAGAGCUUUCAAUCACCCACUUAAUCUCACAAAGGAGCAGCUCUCCCAGGUGGCACUGAUGACCACCUCUGUUGAUGUUCUGGUCUCCAUUUGCGUUAUCUUCGCCAUGUCCUUCGUCCCAGCCAGCUUUGUGGUCUUUCUCAUCCAGGAGAGAGUGAACAAAGCCAAACACAUGCAGUUUAUUAGCGGAGUACAGCCUUUCCUCUACUGGCUGGCCAACUUUGUCUGGGAUAUGUGCAACUACAUUGUCCCAGCGACCCUUGUCAUCAUCAUCUUCAUCUGUUUUCAGCAGGAGGCCUAUGUCUCCUCCACCAACCUGCCCGUUCUGGCUCUCCUUCUACUGCUCUAUGGGUGGUCCAUAACCCCUCUGAUGUACCCAGCAUCCUUCUUCUUUAAAAUCCCUAGCACUGCCUAUGUGGUGCUAACUAGUGUGAAUAUCCUCAUUGGAAUCAAUGGCAGCGUGUCUACAUUUGUACUGGAGCUUUUUGGCAGUAAUGAGAUUGGUGGCAUCAAUGACAUUUUGAAAAAUGUGUUCCUGAUUUUCCCUCACUUCUGCCUGGGUCGAGGACUGAUCGAUAUGGUGAAGAACCAGGCUAUGGCUGAUGCCCUAGAGAGAUUUGGUGAAAAUCGGUUCCGUUCCCCUCUGGCAUGGGACAUGGUGGGCAAGAACCUCUUUGCCAUGGCAGUGGAAGGCGUGGUCUUCUUCUGCAUCACCGUGCUCAUCCAAUACCGUUUCUGCAUCAAGGCCAGGGGAUUUAGCGCUCACCUGAAGCCAAUCGGAGAAGAGGAUGAGGACGUGGGCAGGGAGAGACAGAGGAUCCUGAGUGGGGCUGGCCACAGCGACAUCCUGGAGCUCAAGGAGCUGACCAAGGUGUAUAAGAGGAAGCAGAAACCGGCCGUGGACAGAUUGUGUGUGGGCAUUCCACCCGGAGAAUGUUUUGGAUUACUUGGUGUUAAUGGUGCUGGAAAGACGACCACCUUCAAAAUGCUCACUGGUGAUUCUGUUGUCACAAGUGGAGAGGCCUUUUUAGCUGGCAAGAGUGUGUUGACAGAGAUUGACGAGGUGCACCAGAACAUGGGCUACUGUCCACAAUUUGACGCCAUCAAUGACUUGCUCACUGGCCGGGAGCACCUGGAGUUUUAUGCCAUCCUGCGUGGUGUUCCAGAGAAAGAAGUGUGUGAGGUGGCAGAGUGGGGAAUCCGUAAACUGGGGCUGGUGAAGUAUGUAGACAAAGCUGCAGGCAGCUACAGUGGAGGAAACAUGCGGAAGCUCUCUACCGCCAUAGCCCUGAUCGGAGGUCCUCCAGUCGUUUUCUUGGAUGAACCCACCACUGGGAUGGAUCCCAAGGCCCGCCGUGCUCUCUGGAACUGCAUCCUCAGCAUCAUCAAAGAGGGACGCUCUGUCGUUCUCACCUCACACAGUAUGGAGGAAUGUGAGGCGCUGUGCACUCGCAUGGCCAUUAUGGUCAAUGGCAGGUUCCGCUGCUUGGGCAGUGUCCAGCACUUAAAGAACAGGUUCGGAGACGGUUACACCAUUGUUCUCCGGGUGGCCGGUGCUGACCCACAACUGGAGCCAGUGAUGGAGUUCAUCGAGCAGGAACUGCCCGGCAGCACGCUGAAGGAGAAGCACAGGAACAUGCUGCAGUACCAGCUGCCCUCCUCCCUCUCCUCACUGGCCCGAAUCUUCAGCAUCCUUGCCAAGAACAAGGAGGAGCUCCACAUCGAGGACUACUCAGUCUCUCAAACCACGUUAGACCAAGUUUUUGUCAAUUUUGCGAAGGACCAAAGUGAUGAGGACCACUUAAAGGACAUUUCAAUAAAUAAGAACGAUGCUGUGGUGGACUUUUCUCAGCUCAACUCUUUUCUCAUGAACGAAAAAGCCAAGGAGACUGUAGUGUGAUUUAUCUAAGCUCAUCACACAAUAGAUGGACUUGUGUGUUUUCAUGAGUCUCUAGUGUCAUUUUUCUAUUUCUUUUUUUACUGUUUUAGUUCAUUUUGUAUAUGUUCAGUGGUGUGUGUGCCCAAAAGAGGGUGUCGGACCUAAUGCAAAACUCAAUGCAAAUCAAUGCAAGAAACAAAAUGGAGAUGAUUCCAUUGAGAUGCCAGCAAGGAAGAGCCUGGAGCUCCAUCCACUCGGUGACUUUAGCAUGCGUGAAACUUGAAGCUCUCUGUUCCUUUGCAGUGCUUUUUCCUUGUAGUGAUCGACGAGACUGCUUAUGGAUGACAUGCAUAGUUUCAGACACUGCCAGCAAGGCUUUGUAAAUCAGAGUCUAACUUCUUGCUUUCAUGGGCAGCCUUGUAAUCAACUGGUGAGGUCAACCUGUUCCAGCAGUGAUGCCUGAUUCUAAUUUUUUUUUAGAUAUGCAUCAAAACAAUUUUUGUAUAAAACAUAUAUGUAUGGGUGUCGCUAUUGUUCUCUACUGCUGUUCAGUAAGGUGGCUAAGGAACACUCUACUAAAGGACAAAGAACAGAGACUGGCUGUUACAAGAAGUGAAGAAUGAAUGAUAAUAGUCCUGCUAGUUAGUGGUUUCUCCAAAGUGUGUGCUGCAUGCUUUACAUCAAGGCUUGAUGAAGCCUUAUGAAGAUCUGACGCAUGCUCUUUAUCCCACAUGAGAGUUGUGAUCAUACUGUCAUGUCCUGCUGUUUUCAAGAGGGUUAAGACAGAUGUGUAGUGUUUUCAAGAGGGUUAAGACAGAUGUGUAGUGUUCAGGAUGGUUCUGGAUGAAUAACGGUGGGAUCUGGUGACACUUCUUUAAGAGAUUCAUUUUUUUUGUAAUAAAAUUCAGAUUGAAGCUUAUUUAAAAAAAUACCUCAGAUGAGAGGAGGUGGCCUAAACUAAACACAACAAAUGUUUUGAGGCAUUGUGUGCCAAACCACUCAAAGGUAUAAACAAGAGUCACUAGUGCACAUCAUGUCACUGCAAUCCCACCCAGCCAAACAAACACAUGACAGCACAAGGAAGUGAGUUUGACCCGCAUUGUUCUGUAAUGUUACUAUUGAAUAUCAUGAAUCGUUGUGUACUACUGCAUGUGCUGUGGUCAGUGAUUUUUUGUGCAGUAGUAAACAACACUUCUGUUGUUUGAUUUUAAUACUAUCACACUUGAAUUGCCUUGGAUAUCUCAUCUAGUCUGAAAAGCCUAAACAGUUCAGUUACAGGCUAUAUGUCCUAUUAAUGGAAGUUUGCGCUCACAACUCAGGACUUUAUUCCUCCUAAAUUUCAUAAAACUCUAAAUUUCAUAAAUUCCUGUAAUGUUAGUAAUCUUACAUGAUCACUUUCAUAUUUUGGGCUUUGCUUACAUAGGCUGUUUUUCCUGGCCCAAAGGUAACUGUGACCAAAAAGAACAUUGUGCCACCAGUAGAGUUUUCCCUCAGGGUGGUUUUCUGUCAGGGGUUCUUUAUAGUUCAAUACCCUUAAAAUAAAUUUGAAGAUUUGUCACUGCAAAUUAUGCAAUAUGGAAGUGAGUCAUAAGAAAUAAAAUGACCUAUUGACAAUGACAAUUCUAUUUCUAUGGAGAACUAUCCUAGAAUCUUUGGUCCAACAUUGAAGCACUUUAUAAUAGCUAAACUGUUUUUGUUUUUUUUGUUUUUUUUCCUGGACAUUCAUGCUUCAACUUCAUAUACAAAAUGUUAUUUAACAAAUGUCGACAUUAGUAUAAAAUGUCUCACCAUUGUCUUUUGUGUUAAACCAUGUGUUUACAUUUUAAGUAUUAAAGGCUAUUUUAGUCUCUUACGUAUUUUCUGUACCUAUGUAUAAAUAAAUAAUAGAUUACAUUUGGUCUCUACA